AUGAUAAGAUCAAAUCACUUCAACAAUUUCCUUCUAGGAUCAAGGACUUCUCAUUCCUCUUAUCGAUCAAAUCGAAUUCUUAAGUUUUCAAAUUGUUGUGGUCAAAGAAAUCAUAUCACAGUAAUUCCAGGUCAGAGUCCAUUUUUGAAAGUUCCCACGCUAGUACUCGCCGAUAAAUCUCGCUUAGGAAAACCACCCACCACGAAAUUUCUCAAAUUCCUAAAGACCACUGUUACCGUUGCCCAUCUUUCAAUUCUCCGUCAACCAGAUCAAUACUCGAACAUGGCGGAACAACUUAUCCUCAAGGGCACCCUCGAGGGCCACAGCGGCUGGGUCACCUCUCUUGCGACUUCUCUCGAGAACCCAAACAUGCUCUUGUCCGGUUCUCGCGACAAGUCUCUCAUCAUCUGGAACUUGACCCGCGAUGAGAGCAACUAUGGUUACCCAAAGAGAUCUCUCCACGGUCACUCUCACAUUGUUUCUGACUGUGUGAUCUCCUCCGAUGGUGCUUACGCUCUCUCCGCAUCCUGGGACAAGACUCUCCGCCUUUGGGAGCUUGCCACUGGUACCACCACCCGCAGAUUCGUUGGACACACCAACGACGUCCUUUCCGUUUCCUUCUCUGCCGAUAACAGACAGAUUGUCUCCGGAUCCCGCGAUCGUACAAUUAAGUUGUGGAACACUCUCGGUGACUGCAAGUUCACCAUCUCUGAGAAGGGACACGCCGAUUGGGUUUCUUGCGUUAGAUUCAGCCCUAACCCACAAAACCCUGUCAUUGUCUCCUCUGGAUGGGACAAGCUUGUCAAGGUCUGGGAGCUCAGCUCUUGCAGAUUGCAAACCGACCACAUCGGACACACCGGUUACAUAAACACCGUCACCAUCUCCCCAGACGGAUCCCUCUGCGCUUCCGGUGGAAAGGACGGAACCACCAUGUUGUGGGACUUGAACGAGUCUAAGCACCUUUACUCCUUGAACGCUGGUGAUGAGAUCCACGCCCUCGUUUUCUCCCCCAACAGAUACUGGCUUUGCGCUGCUACUUCCAGCAGCAUCAUCAUCUUCGAUUUGGAGAAGAAGAGCAAGGUUGAUGAGUUGAAGCCAGAGUUCCAAGCUGUUGGCAAGAAGAGCAGAGAGCCAGAGUGUGUCAGUUUGGCAUGGAGCGCGGAUGGACAAACUUUGUUCGCAGGUUACACAGACAACAUCAUUCGGGCUUGGGGUGUUAUGUCGAGAGCGUAA